AUGCUGAUCUAUUGUACAUCCCUAUUAUAAAUGCCUUGUAAGUCAUACUCUGGGAGGAAAAAAAGCUUCAAGGUGCCCAUUCUAGGAUGGAGAAGUCAGCUGGAGAAGAGAGCGCCAGAACACAGGAUGAUUUGAAGUCUUAUUUUCUGAUAUUUUAAUAUCUUCCUUCUGAUUGGAUAGCAGCAACAUAACUCUACCACUGACUCUGUUUGCUCUAUGAUGUUGAUGUUUAAUUUCCACAAAAAAAACAAAAGCCUGAAGGAGUUCUGCUGUAUGGUGGAGUUGCUAAUGCUAACAGUUAGCUUCUACUAGUCGAGACAUACUCUGCUGUUUCCUGAACGCUAAAUAAAAACAGUCUUCCCUAUCACGAGUCAAGAUGAGUCCAUAAAUGUUAAGUGACAGUGUGAAGUAGAUUUGUCAGGCUUUUCAAAUCUGAUUAACCGAUUAUAAUCAUAAAUAAUAAUUUGAAAAAAUAUUUUUUCAGUGAAGUUGACCUUUAGUAUUGUAGGGGUGGGUUGUUUGUGCAACAUCACAUAAAUUCCCAUCAAAAGCAAAAUAAAAAAUAGCAAGCAUGCUCAACAGAAUGCAGCACUGUGACAAGAUACGAGUGCUGCUCACGUCUCCUAGUUGUCUUAAUGUGGUUUUUUUAAAUAACCUUUUAAAAAUAAAAUGUAUUGCUGUGAGAUUUUCAGUCGGUAGGGAUCCAAUCCUGCUUUUCGAAUCUGAGCAACAACUUGCUUUUCUCCAGCUGACAGACAUUGAAGCAGUGCAGCAAAGACCAAGAUUAAAAGGGCGUAAAAGAUGUGACAGUUGGGGGUGUGGUGAGGCACCAGUAAGGGGGGUGAGGCAGGAAGUUCAUGACCAUGAGGUCACAGGGACAAGCUGCCACGCAGGGAUUUAAAACAACUGGUUUCAGCUGGACCUCGUCUGUUUUCUUUUUCUUUCUUUGUCAUCGUUGCUCGACCGGACCAUCUGUGCAACCAGAUUGUUGGUGUCCGAGCUUUUAACUCUCUUCUUUUUUCACGGCCCAGAUAAGUAAUACUCAUCUUCCAUGUUCUAAAACGUCCCUGUUUUGUUUCAGCCAGUACAGUAUGUGGGACACAUGCUGUUGGCCGUUACUGUGCAAACAAGACGUCCUUUAUCUUACAAUCUCAAGCUGAAGUCAUUCCCUAAAGAUAUCUGUGGAAAACCUGCAAAGAAUGACUAAACCUGAGGACUUUGACCUCCAAAUAUUGACUUAAGACCGAUCCACGAUGGAAGAGGGUUAUGAGCUGGACCUCACGUACAUCACAGAACGGAUCAUCGCUGUCUCCUUCCCUCGAGGUUGCUCCGAGGAGAUCUACUCCCACAACCUGAAGGACGUCACGCGGAUGCUCAAGUCCAAGCAUGCUGAUAAUUACCUGACUAUUAACCUGUCAGAGAAAAGGCACGAUCUCUCCAGAAUGAAUCCUAAGACACUGGACACAGGGUGGCCAGACAUGCACGCUCCUCCUCUCGAUAAGAUCUGCACCAUAUGUAAGGCCAUGGAGAGCUGGCUCAACGCCGACCCGCUACAUGUGGUUGUUAUACACUGCAGGGGUGGAAAGGGUCGGAUUGGUGUCGUCAUUUCAUCCUUUGUGCAUUUCACUGAUGCAUCAGCCAGUGCUGAUCAGGCGUUGGACCGCUUCGCCAUGAGGAAAUACUACGACGAUAAGGUCUCCGCUUUGAUGACGCCGUCACAGAAACGGUACGUAUGGAUCCUCAACAGUUUGCUGAGUGGAUCCAUGAAGAUCAAUGCCUCUCCUUUGUUCCUGCACUGCGUCAUCCUUCACGGGCUACCAAACUUCGACGCCGCCACCAGAGUGUGUCGCCCAUACAUCAAGGUCUACCAAGGAAUGCAGGCCGUGUACUCAUCUGGAGUCUACCACGUCGGUGCAGGCCACAGAGACCGUGUUUGCAUCAUUCUGGAGCCGGCCCAACUCCUGAAGGGGGACAUCAUGGUCAAAUGCUAUCACAAAAGUGAUGUCACUUCGGAGCGUGAGGUGAUUUUCCGGCUGCAGUUCCACACAGGAGCGGUGCAGGGUUACAACCUGAUGUUUGACAAAGAAGACAUGGAGAGUGCUAACAAAGAUCCCAGAUUUCCCAGCUAUGGGAAAGUUAAGCUCAUCUUCUCUGAGGGACCAGAGAGGAUACCAGGUGCUGACCUGUGGCAGAAUGGCCCUGAUGUUGUUGUGGAUUACAACACAACAGAUCCUCUGACCCGCUGGGACUCGUACCAGAACAUCUGCGACGGUGAAGCACCCCACUCUCAAGGCCUAACCCAGGACAAAGCCGCUUGCAAGAGAAGCCCCAUUGGAGGAGGAGGAGAGGCCACUCUGGGACGAGGGACCCGCACGACCUCCACCACCUCGAGUCCUGAUCACAGUGACCACGCCCUCUCCGUCAGCAGCGACUCAGGCCUGUCCAGCACCUCCCUGUGGGCAGAUAAACCCACAGUUGUCACCUCCACCAAUAUCCUCAGGGCUAACCAGGGACCCAGCCCGCAAGAGAAGGUCCAACUCAAACGACUCCUCAGUGGUUUUGGACUUGAAGAUCCAUCACUAGAGGAAAUGGAUGACCAAGGCGCUAAGGUGGGCAUGCAGCAGAUUGUCCCAGCACAAGUACACUUUAAUGGAGAUGCCCGGCCACGAGAGAGGGAAACGGACAUCCUUGAUGAUGAAGUCAUCACAGGGCAUGAUCUGCACAGUGUGGACAGUCUAGGGACUUUGUCAUCUUCAUGCCACAAGAGCAGUCAAAACUCCCUCUUGUCAGAUGGAUUUGGAUGUCCUGGAAGCGAAGAGGCUCAAAACCAGCACCACCUGCAUCACCCUGCUCCUACAGAAGAGUACGAGCGAUCCUAUGCAGAGGCUAGAAAAGCCUUUCUGAGCUCCAGAAGCAACUCUGUGGCCAGUUCUAACCCCAGCUGUGCUCCAGCACCCAAGCAGCAUGUGUACAGACAGGGAAGCUACUCUACUCAGUCGUGGGUUCGUCAGCAGCAGAUGGUCGUGGCCCAGCAGUUUAUCUACAUGCCCGAGGAUGGGAAUGAAUCAGAAAGAUAUCCCGGAAACAAACCCGGGAGGAGUUCGCCCAAAGAUGGCCAACCUCCCGCUGAACCACAAGACCCCAUCAGGGCCGCUCCACCUGAUCCUGUUAAAACCGCCUCCUCUUACAGAGAGCCAGUCAUGACAAACAACAGCAACAAUAAGAAACAAGACGAAGAGUUUAAAUCGCUCACAAUCGACAUCGAUAACUCCAUCGAUCAGCUCAAUCAGCUGAUCAUGGACCUGGAUCCCACCUUUGUGCCAGUGUCGAGCUCCGUUAAGAGGAACGGCGAGGCGCAGGUCAACGGAUCGGUCAGCAAAUGCUCGAACGACAUCGAUCUCAGAUACAACGAUAGUAAAUUGGCAGCCCCAAAAAACGCACAACAGACAGCUGCGCAGCGCCACGACGGGCGAGCCGGCAUCACACGGAGUCAGAGCUGCCAGAGCAACCAUGUACUGGACCACCCAGUCUUCUGUAAAUCAGGAUGGGGGGACACAGAGGAGUACAGAAGCCAGAGGACAUACUCCCCUCGUGUCCCCCCUCAGUUACAGCAUGCUGUUCUGUACAGGAGUGACAGUGCCAGUUAUAGAAGCCACGGGUCAGACAUGAUGGACAGUGGAGUUGAGGGAGGCAGUGACAUGACUCCUCCCACUCCUGCGUUUCCCCUCUCGCCACCAACACCUUAUGUGAAAAGUAUGUCUGAACUGACCGAUCACAUGCAAGCUUCAUCUUACGGAGGCUACAGAACGAAUCAUGAACCCCAGGGAUUUUCUGACAUCAGUCAUGUUGCAGUGGAGACGCUGCCAGAUGCCUCCAUCACAUGCCACAGGGCGCUAACUUCUACACACUCUGCCUCCUUAGUUGGAACCCAUCAGCACACAGACAGCUCAUCUGUGGGUCAGUCCUGGCCAGACCAUCCUGUCCUGAGCCGCCACACCUCCCUGAACAACUACCCCACUGCCCGACAGCUGCCACCACACUCCACGUCUCUGGACUACGGCCACCACUCUCCUCCCUUACACCACCCCCACCCUGCCCCUAACGCCCACAGCUCUCCCCGAUGCAGCCAGCUAAGCCGAAUGGCCUGCUAUGCCCUCAGCCAUAAUCACGCUCAAAACUUUGAUGAGCAGGAUGACUCGGGUCACGGCUACAGGACGGACUGUCCGAACAUCGACGGGAACCUUUUAUCCUCCGUGGAAGGGCAGCAUCAGCCUCAGACAUCUCUGCUGCUGCCUCCACUGCUGCCAGAGAAAAAGAGAGCAUCAGAUGGGGAGCACUCAGUGGGAACAGUCUCUCCUGCACUCAGUGGGUUCUCCAGUCCACAUAGUGGGAGCUCCUUGAGUAUUCCUUUCCCCAACGUCUUACCUGACCUGUCAGCUCAGACUCCUCAACCAUCCUCACCUCUACCAGAUGUGCUAGCCAACAAGCAAGUUACUGCCAAGUUUGUGCAGGACACAUCGAAGUUCUGGUACAAACCAGACAUCUCAAGAGAUCAAGCUAUUUCAGUGUUAAAGGACAAAGAGCCCGGCUGUUUUAUUGUGCGGGACAGCCACUCCUUCAAAGGAGCGUACGGUCUGGCUAUGAAGGUGGCCACGCCCCCUCCCUCGGUUUUCCAACAGAGCAAAAAAGCAGGAGGAGAUCUGUCCACUGAAUUAGUGCGUCACUUCCUGAUCGAGUGCACGCAGAAAGGAGUGCGGUUGAAGGGAUGUCCCAAUGAGCCCUACUUCGGAAGCCUAACCGCGUUGGUCUGCCAGCAUUCAAUCACUCCCUUGGCCCUGCCCUGCAAACUUAUCAUACCUGACAAAGAUCUUCUUGAAGAUGUAGUGGAGAGCCCUGCUCAGUCGGUCACAAACUCUGCUGCUGAGCUGCUGAAACAGGGAGCAGCCUGUAAUGUGUGGUAUCUCGGCUCCGUGGAUAUGGAGUCGCUCACAGGCGCUCAGGCCGUGCAGAAAGCCACCACCAUGACCCUGAACGCUGAUCCUCCACCGAACUCCACUGUGGUCCACUUCAAAGUGUCUUCUCAGGGAAUCACUCUGACGGACAAUCAGAGGAAGCUUUUUUUCCGGAGGCAUUACAAUGCAAAUACAGUUAUAUAUUGUACUCUGGACCCUCAAGAUAGAAAGUGGAAAAAAGAUGGAUUCCCUUCAGCUAAAAUCUUUGGCUUUGUGGCGAGGAAAACUGGCACUUCCAAGGACAACAUUUGUCACCUGUUUGCAGAGCACGAUCCUGAGCAGCCAGCAAGUGCCAUAGUCAACUUUGUGUCCAGAGUGAUGAUCGGUUCACAAAGGAGUAAGUAGGAGAGAGCUGAUCACCUGGAAAGAUAAACGGCUUUAAUCCUGGAUACUAACUGGAAAACGAAUGAUAUCCACGAGAAAGAAAAUGGUGACAUUUAAUUUCUUUUUAUAUGAACUGUAAAUUAGUCAAAAAAGAAGCUAAAUGACAGAAAUGUGUUUUCCAUUGGUAAUCAGCAGUAGUCUUGUACAGUUUCUUACUACUUUUUUUUCAAAUGAACUUUCUUAUAUAGCUGCAUCUAUUUUUCUGAUAUUUGUCAUCGUCUACGUGCUGAAGCAACUGUACAGCUGUGAGGUCACAGAAGCAUCAUAAUUGCUUUUAUUAUGGAGGAGACUUUUAAAACAGUGGAGCAAAUUGGUGCAGUUUUGCAGAAUUUGGAUACAGUUCUCUUCUUUAUCUAUGCAAUGUGUUUAGACAAUGGUACUCUUCACAUGUGUAUGGGGCUUUAAAAAUAGUUUAAAAUGUCUUUUAGAUGUGUUGAACAUGACCACUUUAAAAGCUGUAUGUAUGAUGUUUAUGGAAGCAUGUGUUUAUUUUAGUGGAGAUAUGUUUUUAUUAUUAAACUAUAAUAUAUUUUUGAUGUUAACUGGAUGAGUUUUUCUUAAACUACAGUAAAAGUAUUCCACUCAACAUUUUUAGGGACUCAUGGCCAAUAAUCUUUUUUUUUUUACUUCUCAAAGAAUAUAGAGGCUGCUGUAUUAGAGUAUGGUUAUAAUAUACAAUACAGGACUCAUCUUAGUCAUCUGUCGAUGAUCUAUACAAUACAAUAAAUAUAUAUACAUAUUAGAGAUGCACCCUAUAUCGGCUGAUCUGAGUCAUGUUUUUAACAAGUCGGUAUCGGUCCGAUAUGUGAAACUGAGGCGAAAUUGACAAACAAAUUCUUUUUUUUUUUUUACAUCUAGUAGCUAUGUGUGCGUCACUUUCAGAAAGGGAUGGGUUUCAUAAUGCAUAAUUGUUUGGUCAUAUGAAAGUGAUAGUAAUCAUCUCAGAAGUGUUAAUGUAUGUGGUCAGAGUAUAUCUUAUAUUUGGGGUGUUAAUUAGUAACAAUUUGCCAAUACAAAGGAUACGAUACAUUAUCUUGCAAAACUAAAAGCCAGAUGAUAAAUGUAAUUUUUUUUGACUGAACUUAAUUGAAAAACUCAGAUCAGACAUUCCAAGUGUGUCAACAAUAUUUUGUUGCUCUGUCAGUGAAGGUGGUAAAAGCUGCUGCCACCUAGCAGUCGAGGUUUGAAUUACACCACACAAAAGAAUUAUAGUAAAUAUGUGCUUGUAAAUUCUCAAUAAAAAACUCAUAUACUGCUUUUAAAUAUUGGUAAAACAAAUAUCACAAUAUUUCAGUGUAUUCAUACUUUCUUACAUUCCUUCUGUGAUAUCAGCAAACUUUAGUUAUCGGGUAAAACGGUGAUAUUGAUAUCGGCCCACAUUUUCAUAUCGGUGCAUCCCUAAUACGUAUUAUUGCAUAUGAGAUGAUGACCCCUUUUUUUUUUUUUUACUUUUGGACGGGUAACUGUUUUAUCAAGCGAGGGACCUAUGAUCUAAACCAAGCUGUUGGUGUUGCUAUGUGACAUUUGUUACUUUUAUAACCUAUUUUCUGUCUUGGUAAUCAUUUCAUGCAAUACUGUGUCUGUGUGUAUAACAUGUUCCAUGUAAACAGCAUGUUUGUGUAAUAAUACUGCGUUGCUUGAUGUUUUGUGUAAAUAAAUGGCAAAGGAUUUGUGUAAUCUUGA